AUGACUGUAUCCCCCUCGGCCGGGGUCAAGAAAUUGGCUUGUCGCGUGUGUCAGAAGGGAUUUACCAAGGCUGAACAUCUCCGAAGACAUGAGCGAUGUCAUACUGGGGCCAAACCAUAUGUCUGCAAGGAAUGUCGUCGUCCCUUUGCCCGACAAGAUGCUCUCACCCGUCAUGAGAAAUUACAUCAGCGGGACUUGAAUGCCAAACAUGGCCCGCCGUUAGCUUCGGUACCUCCGUCUGCAUCUCUAGACUCUAUGACCUCGUGGGAUAAUCGUAGUGCAUCGACUGGAGGGCCUGCCUCGACGUCAGCUACCAGCCACUCGUGGGACGAAUCACAUUCAGCUCAGGCUUCGAGUAUGCAAAAUGUUGCUGCGGAUCUGGACUUCGCUCUCAUUUGGCCCGAUUCCGAGAACCUAUUCCAGAGCUUAAUGUCCUCCGACACCACAGACCAAUGGGAAAUGCCUUUGGGAACACUACCCUUUCCACCUGUCGUACAGGAUAUUAAUACCAUGAACUUCGGGUCACCCAGCUCGUUUGACGAUCGGUCCUCCUCGGUGGGGACGAUCCCAUCCGGUGAAGGUCACCAGGCUGUGCGUGAUGUGACGGAGAUGAUUACUAGUUCAUCCUCAAGUGUCACUGCUGCGGUUAAAGCCACUUCUAUAACCUCGGUAUUCCUUGAUGAGUGUCUCCACAUGUUCUUUGUCCGAUUUAUUCCAACAUUCCCCAUCUUGCAUCGUGCAACAUUUGUUGAUUCGGUCGCAAAGGGUGAAGCGUUGUGGAGGCUAGCACAUGCUGCCGUGGCGACCUCCUGGCAAUCACUUAUCACGCACAAUGGCGCAUACGAUGCCUGCAAAGGGGUACAGCUCAUGAUCACCGCCUUGUUAGGUCAAAUAUACGGGGCGCUAUCUAAAAAUCGGGCAAUCCGGACCACAAGCCAGGUCUUCCGUCCCCUGGGCUUUUUCUGGGCACGUCACUGUGGCAUGUACGAUAGCCAGCCAUAUUCUAUGGAAAACUUGCCCUCGGUCGAUGCUCCCCCUGCGGAGAAGGAACAUCAGUGGCGGGUUUGGUCCGCACGGGAGAUCCAACAGCGUGCCCUACUAGCGUACUACGUCCUCGAUGGACUCGUUGCCCAGAUGUCCGGCGACGGUGCGUCAGCUCGCCAUGUCUCUAACCCCCUAGGCCUUCCCAGCAGCGAACCUGCUUUUGAUGCCAGCACACCGGAUGAAUGGCUAGCACACAUGCACUCGCAAAAGCUAGACCAAUCCUCAUUCAAAGUCAUAUUUCGCUCUCUCUUCCCGCCAGUCGGGAACUUCCGCCCUUUGGACUAUUCAUUUUCUGCCUUUGGACUUCGAGUUGUUCUUGAGGGCCUCCAGUCUUUGAUAUCCGAUUGUGAUGAUCAUGAGCUGGCUGUUGGUGUGCCCGGACCCUCUGAUGUAAGAAGAGCUCUUGCUCAGGUCCAUGAAACGAUAUCAAUGAGCAUUCAUUUUUCAGCUGCUGAGCGACUGGAGCUUCUGUUACGUUGGCACACGGUUUGCCUUGACACCAUGAUUAAUUCGACGGUUCUCUCUCGUUAUGUGUGCUCUCGCUAUAAUAUUCAUCAGCAUGUCUCUGGUGGGAGCCGGGAUGUCCGAGCGGACUUUGACCUCAUCAAAUGGGUUAAUAGUGAAGACGCCCGCCGUGCAGUACUUCACGCGAUUGCCAUUCAAGAUAUUGUUGAACAAUUACCUCGUGGCCGUGCCCAUGUGAUCCACAUGCCUAGCUCGCUGUUUGCAGCAGCUACAGUGUAUGUCGUCUUCUCACUUGCUGGUGCAGCGACCGUCCAUCUUCCUCGAACAAUUGUGUGGCAAGAUGCCUUGCUUUCACACUCCGAUCUCAAUAUCGAUCACGACGAAAUGCGACCUCCAUCGGGCUCAGAAACUCGACGGUUUGUAGAAUCGGAGCAGGUGAUGUCCCCUUCGCCUAUCGGUGGUGCUGUUCGAAAUCUUCUGUACGAGUUGAACUCGAUGCAAAAGCUCUUCCGCUGCCUCUCGUCGCAGUGGGGAAUUGCUCGUGAUAUGGAAGAAAUCAUUGCCCAGUGGAUUCAGAUUUGUCACUGA